AGCGGCGGCGGCGGCGCGAUGCCGGCGGUGGCCGGGGGGCUGCUGUGGUGGAGCUGCUGCGUGCUGGCGGCGGCGGCCGGGGCCCCGCGGGCCGCCGCGGCGGCGCAGGCAGUGUGUGCCGGCACCGAGAACAAGCUGAGCUCCCUCUCUGACCUGGAGCAGCAGUACCGGGCCCUGCGCAAGUACUAUGAGAACUGUGAGGUAGUGAUGGGCAACCUGGAGAUCACCAGCAUCGAGCACAACAGAGACCUCUCCUUCCUAAGGUCUAUCCGAGAAGUCACGGGCUAUGUGUUGGUGGCUUUGAACCAGUUUGAAUACCUGCCCCUGGAGAACCUGCGCAUCGUUCGUGGGACCAAGCUCUACGAGGAGCGAUAUGCUCUGGCCAUUUUCCUUAACUACAGGAAGGAUGGGAACUUUGGACUCAGGGAACUUGGGCUGAGGAACCUGACGGAGAUACUGAAUGGAGGGGUGUAUGUUGGCCAGAACAAAUUUCUCUGCUUUGCAGACACCAUUCACUGGCAAGACAUCGUGCGUAACCCCUGGGCCUCCAACUUCACUCUAGUUCCGACGAAUGGCAGCUCAGGAUGUGGUCGUUGCCACAAGUCCUGCACAGGACGGUGCUGGGGACCAACAGAGAAUCACUGCCAGACCUUGACGAAGACCGUGUGUGCAGAGCAGUGUGAUGGACGCUGCUAUGGGCCCUAUGUCAGUGACUGCUGCCACCGCGAGUGCGCCGGCGGCUGCUCCGGACCCAAGGACACCGACUGCUUUGCCUGUAUGAAUUUCAAUGACAGUGGUGCUUGUGUCACACAGUGUCCCCAGACCUUUGUGUACAACCCCACCACCUUCCAGCUGGAACACAAUCACAACGCCAAGUACACCUACGGGGCUUUCUGUGUCAAGAAGUGCCCACACAACUUUGUGGUAGAUUCCAGCUCUUGUGUCCGGGCAUGUCCGAGCUCGAAGAUGGAGGUUGAAGAAAAUGGUAUUAAGAUGUGCAAGCCCUGCACUGACAUUUGUCCUAAAGCAUGUGAUGGCAUUGGAACAGGGAGUCUGGUGUCAGCUCAGACGGUGGAUUCCAGCAACAUUGACAAGUUUGUAAACUGUACCAAGAUCAAUGGCAACCUUAUCUUCCUUGUCACUGGGAUUCAUGGAGACCCGUAUCACACGAUCGCUGCCAUCAAUCCAGAGAAAUUAAAUAUCUUCCAAACAGUGAGAGAGAUAACAGGGUAUUUGAACAUACAGUCAUGGCCUGAGAAUAUGACGGACUUCAGAGUGUUUUCUAACUUGGUUACCAUUGGUGGGAGAGCUCUCUAUAGUGGCCUUUCCUUGCUCAUCCUAAAGCAACAAGGCAUCACCUCCCUGCAGUUCCAGUCCUUGAAGCAAAUCAGUGCUGGCAACAUCUACAUCACAGACAACAGCAAUUUGUGCUACUACCACACUGUCAACUGGACAAGCCUCUUCAGCACCCCCAGCCAAAAGACAGUGAUCCACCGGAACAAAAGGGCAGAGAACUGCACUGCUGAUGGGAUGGUGUGCAAUGAGCUGUGCUCCACUGAUGGCUGCUGGGGGCCAGGGCCAGACCAGUGCCUGUCCUGCAAGCGCUUCAUCAGAGGGAGGACCUGCAUAGACUCCUGCAACCUCUACGAGGGGGAAUUCCGAGAAUUUGCAAAUGGUUCUGUCUGUGUGGAGUGUGAUCCCCAGUGUGAAAAGAUGGAGGAAAACAUGAUCACAUGCUACGGGCCGGGACCUGACCACUGCACAAAGUGUUUCCAUUUUAAGGAUGGUCCAAACUGUGUGGAAAAAUGCCCUGAUGGCUUGCAGGGGGCCAACAGCUUCAUUUUCAAGUACGCCGAUGAGGAUCGGGAGUGCCAUCCGUGUCAUCCAAAUUGCACCCAAGGGUGUAGAGGCCCCGCUAGUCAUGACUGCAUUUACUAUCCAUGGACACGGCAGUCCACUUUGCCACAGCACGCUAGAACCCCCCUGAUUGCCGCGGGAGUUAUUGGUGGCCUCUUCAUCAUCGUCAUCAUGGGCCUGACAUUUGCUGUGUACGUUCGGCGCAAAAGCAUCAAGAAGAAGAGAGCACUGCGAAGGUUCCUGGAGACUGAGCUAGUGGAACCCUUGACUCCGAGCGGCACGGCGCCCAACCAAGCACAGCUCCGCAUCCUCAAGGAAACAGAGCUGAAGCGAGUCAAAGUCCUUGGCUCUGGAGCCUUUGGAACUGUGUACAAGGGGAUCUGGGUCCCUGAGGGAGAAACAGUCAAGAUUCCUGUGGCCAUUAAGAUCCUUAAUGAGACCACUGGUCCGAAAGCCAACGUGGAGUUUAUGGAUGAAGCUCUCAUCAUGGCCAGCAUGGACCACCCACACCUGGUGAGACUCCUGGGCGUCUGCUUGAGCCCGACCAUUCAGCUGGUCACUCAGCUGAUGCCUCAUGGCUGCCUCCUGGAUUAUGUCCAUGAACAUAAGGAUAAUAUUGGCUCCCAGCUCCUGCUGAACUGGUGUGUCCAAAUAGCUAAGGGAAUGAUGUACCUGGAAGAGAGGAGACUCGUCCACCGGGACUUGGCAGCCCGUAAUGUCCUGGUGAAAUCGCCAAACCAUGUGAAAAUCACUGACUUUGGCUUGGCCAGACUUUUGGAAGGGGAUGAAAAGGAGUAUAAUGCUGAUGGGGGGAAGAUGCCAAUUAAGUGGAUGGCUCUGGAGUGCAUACACUACAGGAAAUUUACCCAUCAGAGUGAUGUGUGGAGCUAUGGAGUCACCAUCUGGGAGCUGAUGACCUUUGGUGGGAAGCCAUAUGAUGGAAUCCCAACUCGAGAGAUCCCCGACCUCUUGGAGAAGGGAGAGCGGCUGCCCCAGCCCCCAAUCUGCACUAUUGAUGUUUAUAUGGUGAUGGUGAAGUGCUGGAUGAUUGAUGCUGACAGUCGGCCAAAAUUCAAGGAGCUGGCUGCUGAAUUCUCUAGAAUGGCUCGAGACCCUCAGAGAUACCUGGUAAUUCAGGGAGAUGAUCGUAUGAAGCUCCCAAGCCCAAAUGACAGCAAGUUCUUCCAAAAUCUUCUUGAUGAGGAAGACCUGGAAGAUAUGAUGGAUGCUGAAGAGUAUCUUGUUCCUCAAGCCUUUAACAUUCCUCCUCCCAUCUACACCUCCAGGACAAGAAUUGAUUCCAACAGGAGUGAAAUUGGACACAGCCCUCCUCCUGCCUACACCCCUAUGUCAGGAAACCAGUUUGUGUACCGGGAUGGUGGCUACACUGCGGAGGUGCCGAUGCCGUACAGGGCUCCGGGCUGCAUCAUUCCAGAAGCCUCAGCUGCUCAAGGGGCCACAGCAGAGAUCUUUGAAGACACUUGCUGCAAUGGCACGCUGCGGAAACAGGUGGCAACCCUGGCAAAAGAGGACAGCAGCACCCAGAGGUACAGCGCUGACCCCACCGUCUUCAUUCCCGAGCGGGUCGUGCGGGGAGAGCUGGAUGAGGAUGGGUACAUGACACCGAUGCGAGACAAACCUAAAACAGAUUACCUAAACCCAGUGGAAGAGAACCCAUUUGUUUCCCGACGAAAGAAUGGAGAUCUCCAAGCUGUGGACAACCCAGAGUACCACAACGCUCCCAACGGGCAGCCCAAAGCAGAGGACGAGUACGUGAACGAGCCAUUGUACCUCAACACUUUCGCCAACACCUUGGAAAAUACCGAGUACCUGAAGAACAAUUUGCCGGAGAAAGCCAAGAAGGCCUUUGACAACCCAGACUACUGGAACCACAGCCUGCCCCCACGGAGCACCCUCCAGCACCCGGACUACCUGCAAGAGUACAGCACAAAAUACUUUUACAAACAGAAUGGACGGAUCCGGCCCAUAGUGGCAGAGAAUCCUGAAUACCUCUCUGAGUUCUCCCUGAAGCCUGGCACUGUGCUGCCCCCGCCGCCCUACAGACACCGGAAUACCGUGGUGUAGUGGCUGUGCUCUCACAGAAGUAGAAAGGCAACCCCUUGUAGCUGCCUCACUCUUACUCUCUUGCUCUCCCUUUCUCCUUGCCGUUGUCCGUCCUCCCUCCCUUCCUCCCUCUCUUUCUCCCAUGAGCUUCCUCUUCUUGCCAGUUCACUCAUUUUUGAUACUUCUAAGUGAAAGGAUGUUUUGGAGUUGGUUGCAGAUUGGGUUUGGAACCAGGAAGGAAGGAAGGAAAGAGACUGAAAGAAGGCAUGUACAACCUGGCCUUUCCCACUUUCCGCAGAUGCAGGGGGUUGGAUGCCCAGAGAAGUCAGUUGGUACCAGGAAAGGCCGGUGGCAGUGCUGCUGUCGAGCUCAUUCUCAGUGAUUCAACCAGACAGUGUAGGGAAAGCCACAGAAAGGCUGAUUCUUUCAGCAGGAACUGAUGAGAGUCUGUACAGCACUCCUGGAAAUCUCCAUGCAAUUUCCAUCAGGGUGAAAAAUGGACAAUUUUUAUAUCCUGUGUGAUAGCGUAGUAAUUGAGAUUGAGAAUCCAAUUUCUUUCUCUAACACUUUCUAUCCCAGCAACUGAAAAUGGCUAGUGUAGCUUUUCAAAAACAUUCAGAUCUUCAUUGUGUCUUUCCAAGAAAUGAUGAUGUGAUUCCCACAUACAGCUGAACCCUUCUUCUGAGCCACACCGUGAUUUUGUGCCAAUUCCCAGCCACAGAGACUCCUGCUCAGAACUGGUACCCUGAAACGACCAUUUUUGUAUGUGUGCCAACACAACAAACACUUUAAACACAAAAUACCUUUCAGAAGAGAGUAACAAAACCACACCUCCAAUAUGUUCCUUUUGAAGCUAAAAAACAGGCCAAGAAAUGAAGAUUUGUAUGCCAAAAGCUUUGCUUUCCUAUUUUAUACCUGCUGACUAUAAACACUUCAAACAAUCAUCACUAAUUCUUCCCUCUUUUUCUUCUUCAUGGUCAUGAAGGGAGCUGGGGAUGCUGUCAGGCAACACUGAGGAUAAGACAGAGAACUGAAGAGUCUGAUAGGGGUCACUGAUGUUCUGUGGGGUGGGGUGGGAAGGGUCCUUUAAACUGGAAGACAGACACUGGACUGGAGAAAACGCACAUAGCGGUUCACUGGAAAGUUAGUUUGCACUUAACCUCUGAUUUUAUUUGAACUGUUUUCUGGAUUUUGAAUGAAGCAAUAUGGAAGUGACCAGCAAAAUACAAAAUAAUAAUUUUAAAUUAAAAAAAGAAAUAAUAAUUAUAUGUAAAGGAUGACUGUGGAAAUGCCAAAAUGAAGCAAAUCAAGUCUUUGGAACAACGUCUGCCAGUUCUGAGAGGCUGAUGCAGUGACUGCUUUAGAGAAUACAGUGACAGAGCAGCCAGCUCUUCCUGCUGCUGUAUGAAGGACAGCAGAGCAAUCCCUGGAAAGGAUCAGAGGAGGCAAAUGUCCUGCUCUGGCUUGCAGCACAGUACAGAAUACCAUUUUUCUAAAAGGAGGAUUACUCUGACACAGAAGACAGUGCAUAUGAGGUUUGAGAAGUUAAAAUGUGCAUGAUUUGCAGAGCUUUCUGUCAAAAAUGUAAAUAAGUAUGAGUCAGUCUCCUUGCACUUAGUUCUGCUUUUAUCAACCUCAUUUUUUAGGUAGACACCCCCUGACCUGCUCCUCUUUGGAAAUCUCUUUCAAACCAGAGUUCUGGACGUUUUUAGUGACUGGGGGCAGGUGGAGCUGGGAAAGGAGGCAUAAGGGCCGGAGACACCGAGGCUUGCUCCUGGCACACCAAGACCGUGUGUGUAAGAGCAUUUGUGAGCCUACUUCCCACCAAACAUCUUAAGGAACUAUUAGGUACCUUUGGAGAUCUGCCUGUCUCUAUCCAUCAAGGCUUUUAAAGCGAAGAAGCAAAACCUGGUGGAUGGCAAUCUUGGGUGGUGCAGCAGUAUUUCAGUUUAUGUGCUUCAGUUCUGUUAGGGUUGAGAUCUUUGGGGUGACCUAACCUGGCAACAAAACCAGCAACAACCAGUGGUCUGGAAACGGCAUCAUCCUCCUCUGAAUUCCUGCCAUUGCAACAGCUUGCCACCUUUAAUCUUAGGGAAGCAGAGGAAGGAGUAAGAAACAAGCAAUAGUUACCCAAAGCUUGGUGGCUGAGGGUCAGCUUGACAAAAGUGUGAAGAGAUUUCAAACCUGAGUUGGUUGUUACCCUUGUAGAUGGAAAACAAACUCUGUGAUCACAAGGCUGUUUCAGCCAGUGAGCUGUUUGUGCAUCAGGUGUGUCCCGACCAGCUGCAACCAGGUGUACGCUGAGUACAUAUCUGAAGGUUCUGAAAGCAGCAAGAACAGGUACAGAUCUUUGAGCUGUUAAAAGGAGAUCUUCGGUCAAGUCGUACCAAGGUGGUUUGUAGUGACAGGACCAAAUGGCCAGGAGACCACUGUCAUGGGAUAGAUGGAUACAAUCCUGCACUGAGGGGCCUCUUCUGGUGCCUCUGGUAGCUCCUCACCAUCUUAGUGGGACACGGGCAGGCACUGGGCAGGGGCUGGGGCUCAGAGGGUGGAACGAGGCCCUGGAUGGCUGCUCCAGGGAAGGUUUCCCCACAGGAGUGCUCACAGGGUGUCGUCUGAUGCACAGGCCAAGGUCUGCCAGGCUGGGACAACGCUGCCAAGCUGCCUGGGGACAGAGACGGGCACAGGAAUGUGCGUGUCCCGUUUCAGCACAGCAGCUGCCCACAGUACCAUAGGUAGGUAGAGGAGGGUUGAUUUGUCCCUGAACAAGUCUUGUAAUAGAGUAACUCCUAAUGGAGAAAAAACAUAAAAUAAAAUCCUGGCACAGCUCACAUGUUUGAAUUCAGAGAUGAACUCAAAGGCUGCUGGGGCAGAGGCAGGCACACCUCCAGAGCCAGGCACUGGGAUGGAGCUGCUCACACAAGCUGAGGCCUGUUUGUUCCUCUGGUAAUGAAGUCGUGCUCGUGUUGGAAACAAGCCCGUGGAGUAAUCCAAAUGUAAAUACUGAUGGGGUUUAACAGUUUAAUGUUUUAUUUCUUACAAGGCUUGAAUUAUUUAUUAAUUUAAUUUGUUGACUGUGGGUGUGCUAUAAUACAUUAAGUAACAUGGAAAUGCAGAGGUUCCUGCAAGUGGGGCAGCAGAAAAUCUGGAACAGGAGCUUGGGCUCUGCCUGGCAGCCAGGCUGAGCCAUGCUGAGCCGUGCUAGUGGGGUCUGGGAUAGCAGAGGACAGGCAGAGGCUUAAUGAACACAGUGAUUUGGGAUGAGGGAGAACUCCUCACACUGCAGCUUCACAAUUUAUUUUUUUUACUAUUUUCUGAGCUUCUGGUUUGAGUUGCAGUUGCCAAAACUGGCCCUUGUGUUUUGUGCCAUGCUAGUCACUACCCUUGCCCAACUUGGCAAGGGUCAGUGUGGUUUUGUCAGAUUGGCCUGUGUGGUGCUGAGGCUGCUGCUGAACCAACCUCUUUUCCCUGGUGAGAGAAGCAGUUAUCUGAACCCUGCUCCUUUCCUCUGGAAGAGAAGUUCUGAGCUAUGCUGGCAGGUUUUGCCUCCUUGAAACAGAUAGUUUAACCAUGGCUAAAGAAAAAAAGGGGAACUGACAGAAGAACUGUUUGGCUGCUUUAAUCUGAUCAGCAGAAACACCUGGCUGUCCCUAACUUGCAUUUUUGCCUUAUUGGGUAUUGCUGCUGGCUUGGUGAAAGAACCUGGGCAAGUGCACGUGGCAAAAUCAUGGCAAGCAUUCAACUGGGAUUCAUAUGGGAUGAAAGAUGAGAGCCAGGCUCUUUAAUGCAUAAUGACAGAUUUGGGGGAAAAGCACAUAUUUCCACACACAAACUGCAUUUUGUCAGCACAAAGUAGCAGGUGAGCGCAUCAACAGAAGUGCUUUGGGUGUAAUUCACUCUCUAAUGCUACAGAAGUAUCUGUACAUGGCACACUUGGGUUUUGUGGGUUUUAGAAUGCAGUCUCCUGUUUAUAAAUGCUCUCCUUCCUCCUUUUGUGGCCUGUGUGGCAGGAGAGCAGUGACCAACUUUUCAAAAGCAUGUUUUUACCCGAGUGUGGAUCGGCCUUUGUCCAAGGCACAAAGCAACGUGCUAAAGGAAAGAGAACAAUAGCUUAUUUUUUCCUGGUCUCUUUCAGUGAUACUUGUCUUAGCUGUUAUUAUCUACCUGAGGGUUAUUGCAAGCAGACAUGGAUGCUGGGGCCGAUUGACUCACUGUAACACAAUUGGCUGAAACCAACUACUUUUGAGUUUACUUCUUCAGCUCUUUUCAGAUUUUUCUUUUUCUGCAAAACAGCCAGGAGGGAUUCUUACAUGGCGAUUGGCUCAGAUGUAGCAGAGUAUUUACAACUAUAUUUCAAACAGGUUGUCUCUCUCAGGUAGCAAGAGAUGGAAAUAAAUCUGCAAUAGGAGCCACCAUGUGGGUCUGUUUCAGGUACCCUGAAAUCCUUUUCCGUGUACAGAGAAAUGUUGUGUUACCUACCCCUGGAUGUACUGCUUACUUGGUAGGAAAUGUGCUUCUUGACUGCAAGGCUCAUAUGCAAUGAUCUGACACGUGUUUCCAAUAAAGAUUUGAGAGGGAGAGCAUUUCCCUCACCCUCAGCCACCAUCAAUCCCAGCCCAGAAGGAAGGAAAGUGGCAGUUCUGGAACAGCAGUUCAGCCCUGACUCUAUGGAUCCAGUCUUGCCAUAGCUUUAGGUAGAGCUGAGCAGCACAUGGGAGAAGUAUGAGCUGUGAGGUGAGUCAGCCUAGAAAUACAGCUUGGUUUUGGGGAUGGAAAAUCAGAUAUCAAAGAAAAAAUCUUUUUUUGUCUAAUGGUGUGUCUGUGUAGGUGUUGUGUAUCAUGGUGGUAGCUAACGGAAUGGUGGGAUUGUUUGAGCUCUUUUAUUCCAUCUGGGAGAUGAGGAGAGACUGGCACAAGACAGAAUGAGGCUGUUGGUCAUGUAAUUCCCCAGGAUAACUGGAGGCAUCCCUGUGGGCUGUGCUUCCCUGGCAGCCCAGGUAUACAGAAGGGACAGCAACCACUGCAGCACCCAUGAGCACACACAGGGACACUCACACUCCAGCGUGCCAGCCCUUUAGGGAGGAAGGAAUGGGAGCACCAGAUGUGCCCAGGGCUGGCAGCUGGGCAGUGCCCGUGAGUCAGGGUUGGCUGCUCCCCUCACCCUGCACAGCUGGUGUCUCAGGUCGUCCACCUUGGGUUUCCCAAGCACAUUUUGGAACUGUGGAGCUCAGAUAGGUGCUUACAUGCUUGGAAGGCUGUUUGACUUGAGAGUGAAUGGUGAAACAGAGGCUUUAGAAUAAUGAGAGCUGGGCCUGCAGUUUUCAGUCACCCCUUUGGCUCUUAGAGGGCACCUCAGAGGGGAUGAUGUCACCUCAAUUUCCCUUUGGGAAGGCUUUUUCAAAACGUGGUGGCACAUGAAGUCUCUGCACCUGCUCAUUUCCAGCUCUGUCACUUGCUAUAGACUCAUUCAGGUGGAUCUUCGACCUCUGCUGCUGACAAAACAGCUCAUCCGUGGUUAGAUAAAAAUCUUGGAUUUGGCUUCAGAUUAUUUUUCAGAAAGCCAGGGCUGGGUGGGGUAGGGUGGCUGGCUGUAGUGCUUGUGCUCCAUCAGGCAGGGAGCUGCAGUUGUCAGUGCAGCCUCAGUGCAGCACCACAGUUGCAGCACCACUGUGUGUGCAGGAUUCCCUCUUUUUUAUUUUCUGCCGGUUGCUAAGCAUUUGUUACAUAGUUGGAAAAGGUCAGUGUUACAAAUGGGGCUUUCAGAUUGGGAACAAAUAACAGAAAUAAAGUUAUAUGGUUAGAAGCACCAUUCUAAAAUGUCCAAAAAUCAUGUCUCCAUGUUAGUUUUAAUGUUAUUUUAGCACAAUUUUAUUUUACCACUGUGUGGAAUAGUGGUUUGUUCCGAUGGUAGACUCCUUGCUCUUGAGGAAAUCAGGGGCAGCUGAGGCUGUUGGUGGUGGUGCUGCAGUGAUGGCUGGGAUCUGCCUGUAAGUUUGGACAAUGCAGAGCAAUUUUAGGGAACUUUGUGAGUGUUCAGGUGACUGAUGGUGAUGGCACUCAGUGGGGCUUGAACUGUAGCCAGUCUCAUCUCCUAACCAGAGCCAGAGAGACACCUUCCGCCCAGGGGUCUGCAGCAGCAAUACAGGGAAAGGUGUGAGGGGGAAGUCCAAGGACAUCCCAAUAGGAAACAAGAGGAGUCAAAGCUGGGUUUUUUUCCUUUUUUAUUAUUUAAUUUUAGAAGUAAGUUUUGUGGACCUUGGCAGAGAGAGGUUUUAAGGGGAGUUUUGUAAGGCAUUAGACAGUGUGAGUAGUUAUGUCCCAGUUCUUCUCCCCUCACCAAUAAAAAAGCCAUGAAAUCAUGCUCCAGUGGUGUUCUGGAUGAACCCUCUGGGAUGAAGGUGCAUCCUGCCCAGCACCCUCGGGCUGCUGGCUCAGGUGUGACCAGGGCCACAGGUACACAGAGCCAUCGGCUGUCACUGAGCACCGCUUGCAAGCAGUUUGGUCCCCAGCCCAACCUUUUAGCUCUCCUAGGGGGGAAACACUGCAUUGUCCAUAGCACUCUGAAGACUAAACCCUUUUGGGAUAACCACAGUAGGGAACUGUGACUGGUAUUUUCCAAGUGUAGAUAUGUAUGCCGUUCUUUCGAGGUAAGGUACUCUGACAUAUGUAGCAUAAACUGGUCCUGCUGUUAAAUGGGUCGAUUAUUAACUGAGCAGCUGUGUAGGGGUAGCUAACUUUGAAUGCAUGAAACCACUGUUCCUCUGGACAUGGGACAGGAGCUAGGUGCUGGCUGCUUGUGGGGGUACUUAUGGUGGGGUAAUGCAAGAGGAAAAUGCAGGUGAAUGAGAAAACUGGUAAUUUUUUAUAGCAUUUUAAUGAUGGAAAUUGGUACCCAUUUGAUACAUUAUUCACAAUGGUUUUAAUCCCUUCUUUUGCCCGGUUUUUGCUACUUCCCCAACACUGUAAGCUAGAAUUGCUAAAUAGGUAGCAGCCCUAGUAUAGGGAAGGGAAACUGAGGGGAAAAGAAGUCUCUUUCUAAGAACAGAGAUAGCCAAAUUGUAUUUCCUGACCUGGUGGUCUUGAAUGACUGACUUUUCAGAUGAGGCUCAAAUUCAGGCCCUGGGGGAUGACAUUACUGUCCCCUUGGAAUCAAAGGCUCCCACCUGGGAAGUGACACUGGGAUAGCACUGAGCUCCUGGUGACUCCUGAUCACCGUGCCAGCAUGGCCUGGCCCAGAGGAACCAGCAGCAGAGAUGGGGUGGUCUGGGUUUUUGUCAAUUCUCCGCGUUCUGAAAGAGCCACAACAUAAAACAACCAUACUUCUGCCUUAUGAAGUACCUUCAGAAGAAGAGAGGUGUCAGCAUGUUGGGGAAGACACUCAUCUCUUGCGAAGUGAUGCAUUCAGAGUUAGCUGCCUUUCUGAAACAAAAAAAAAAAAAAAAUUCAAAACCUACUGUAUGUUACUUUGAAAAUGUGAAUAGUAUUUUUAUAGCUUGUUAAAGACACAGCUAGUUGCAUUUGUAAAUAAGGAUAAUGUUGCUUUUAUUUUCCUUGUGGACAUCAUUGUUUGGAACAUAAUUGUCCUUAGGGUUGAUUUGUAUAUAGGUAAUUUGCUUGUGAUUUAAGCCGCUCCUCCCCUUUCCUUUCUCUCCCUUCCCACCCUCUGGUUUUGGUUAGAAGUACCAUUUUCAGCAUUCUGUGUGAUUCUGUGUUUUAGCACUAUUGUGGUGUGUUCAGACUUUCUGCACUUGCUUACACAGUAGGGUAUGCCAAUCGUGUGUGGCGUAAUGUUACUUUAACCUUUCGUUUCUCAUAUUUUAGCUGUCGAGAAUUAAACACUGUUAAAAUACUUACUGACCUGGGUUAAUAUUAGGUACAUAUUUUAGCAUAAUUUCCCCUCUUUUCAUGGUUUCUUGGGUUUUUUCUUUUUUUCCUUUCCUUUCCCUUUUGUCUUGUUUGGAAGCUGGGAAGAAACCUGUGGAUCUUCUCUUUGUGUGGUUCUAUUCCCCACUCCCGUGUGCAGCCCGGAGUUUCUCCUCAUGGUCCUUGGGGUAGAGCUUUAUCUGUUUGUUAAGGCAAAUGUAGACUGCGACCCACCUUGCAUCAACCCACGCUCAUCCCAGCUGAACAAUUUGAAAACUGUUCUGCCUUUUUGUUACAUGAAUCUGUCAGAAAUAUAUUUUUAAUUUAAUAUAAAUGAAAUUCAAUAAAAUAUGAAACAAA